CUGCUGUACAUAUUUUAGUUUUAGCAAGAUUGAAAAGUGUUAUGGGAGAUCACACUUGAUGUAGGUCCCUGACUCGAACUGUCAUUUGUCAAAAUAUUGGGUGAAAUGAUUUACAUUUAGGUCUGUUAAUCUUCUUGAAAUGAUCGUUUUACAUCAGAAACUCCAGAGUGAAGUUUCAAAAGUUGGUAACUUUGGUCAGUAUCAUGGAAAAGUGUAUGUGUUUGUGCUUGCGCAGCAUCGAUUUUGCAUUGUUGGUGCUGGUGAUGGUAUAGCAUCAUCACCAAUAUGGGCUGUUACACUCGCGGUAACGUCGUUGAUGGUCAUAUGCGUCGUUGAUGGUCUUGGUUGGCAGUGGAUCGAUCGAUACAGUUUGUUUCAUUGGGAUGUAUGUAUUUCCAGUUCGGAGUAAUCGGGUUUGUCUAACACGAGAUCGGCAUUACAUCUGAUGAUGCGGAGACCUGAACGCAUGAUUAGUGCAGCUAUA